AUGAGGAGAACAAAUGACUCCAAUGGUCAAUCCCGUGACCAUGGAGGAGGCGGAGAUGGCGGUGGUAGUAUAAGAGGAGAAGGAGGAGCUUCUUUGCGGAAUUUGACUAUGACCCACGCCUUAUCCUAUUUAGCGGUAAUGAAACAAAUCUUUCAGAACCAAACAGAAAAAUAUUAUAUGUUCCAGGCGAUCUUGAUAGAUUUCAAGGCUCACAGGAUUGACACUGCUAGUUUUAGAGAAAGGGUGAAGGAACUAAUCAAAGGGCAUAGCGUUUUGAUUUCUGGAUUCAAUGCCUUCAUGCCCAAAGGCUAUGAGAUAACGCCUGAUGAGGAUGGAGCUCCUCCAAAGAAAGUGGUUGACUUUUAUGAAGCUCGGGAUUUUAUACGCAAGAUGAGGGAACGAUUUCAAAAUGAUGAUCAUGGAUACCAAUCAUUCAAGGACAUUAUGAAUAUGUUCCGCUCAGGGAGGAAAGAUGUAACUGAGGUCUACGCGGAGGUUUCUUCCCUUCUUGACAACCAUCCUGACUUACUUGAGGAGUUCACCAGAUUUGUGCCAAAUUAUUUUACACCACCUUCUAUACAGCGUGCAGCAUAUGGUCAAAAUUUAGUUCAGUGUUUUAACGAGCAGAAUUCUGCCACAGCCAUUAAGCAGCAAUUGCAACUGGACAAGCAACCUCAUCAACGAGAUAAACUUAUUUCUUCUCAUGAUCACAAUCUCAGCAUUCAUUCAUCUAAGCUGAAUGAUGGCAAAGUAAUGAGUAAAGAGCACAAGAAGCAGGUUGAGCAAAGCGGGGAUAGGAAAAUUAAUGACCGGAAUGAUAGAGAACCUGAUCUUUCUAACAAAAGGGGCAUGUAUGACCAAGCAUUUGGUUUCUGUGAGAAAGUUAAGGAGAGGUUGGGCAGCUCAGAUGACCACCAGGCGUUCUUGAAGUGCCUUCAUAUGUUCAGCAGUGGAAUACUAAAUAGGCAUGAUUUAAAUGAUUUGGUAGUCACUUCACUUGGAAAGUAUCCUGAUCUUAUGGAUGAAUUCGAUGACGUCGUGGACCAAUGUGAAAAUAUUGAUGGGUUCCUUGCCAAUGCCAUAAGUAAAAAAUCAUCUGGUAGUGAUGGUCAAUUAUUCAGAUCAUCGAAGUUGGAAGAUAAAGAUAGAGACCAGAAGCGUGAGGUGCAUAUGCCUAAAGAGAGGGAAGAAAACCAUGAGAAAUACAUGGGGAUGUCAAUUCAUGAACUUGACCCCAGCGAUUGUGAACAUUGUAAUCCCAGCUACCGGCAUCUUCCUAGAGAUCAUCCAAUUCCUAUUCCUAGUCGGAGAUCCAAGCUUGAUGCUGAAGUAUUGAAUGAUCACUGGCUAUCUGUAACUUCAGGAAGUGAGGAUUACUCUUUCAAACAUAUGCUUAGGAAUCAGUAUGAAAGAAGCUUGUUCAAAUGUGAAGAUGACCAAUUUGAGCUGGACUUGUUAAUAGAGCGUGUGAGGUCAACUGCUAAACGUACAGAGGAGUUAUAUAAUAGCAUUAUUGGAAACAAAAUUAAUAUUGAGGGUCCAAUCCAUAUUGAAGAAUACUUUAGUGUUUUACAUUUAAAAUGCAUUGAGCGUCUGUAUGGUGACUAUGGUCUUGAAGCUAUGGAGGCAUUACGUAAGAAUCCUAUUGUUGCUUUGCCUGUGAUGUUGAGUCGACUAAAGCAGAAACGAAAGGAGUGGAAGAAGUGUCGUUCAGAAUUCAACAAGGUCUGGGCUGAAAUUUAUGCUGAAAACUACUACAAAUCACUUGACCAUCGUAGCUUCUAUUUCAAGCAACAAGACUCGAAGAAGCUGAACCCAAAAGCUUUGGUGGCUGAGAUCAAAGAAAUCAAAGAGAAGCAGCAGAAACAGGAGUGGCCUCAGGUCACUGCCGCUGAUAAACUAUCUCCCAUUCCGCAUAUACAAUUUGAAUUUUCAGAUGUUGGGAUUCAUGAAGACCUAUAUAAACUCGUUUGCUAUGCAUGUAAAGUGAUCAUUGCUAAUAAAGGGUUGUUAAAUAAAAUGUUGAGAGUCUGGACUACCUUCUUGGAGCCGAUGCUUGGUGUUCCUUCUCGGUCUGAUAGGCAACCGAAAUCCGAUAAAACUAAUGGUAGAGAGACUGAAGCAAAGAAAUUUUGCCAGAUUUGCUUUGAGUGUGGUGAUAAAGAAGCUGGAUCUGGUGACGGUCGCCCUUGUAAAGAUAAUGCUCUGAUGGAGAGAGGGCCAAAAAAUGUAGAUGGUAAUGCUAAAGCCUUUGACUUUAGUAAACAAUUCGCCCAUGAUGCACAAAACGAUCAUGACUCUGUAGCCAAGUCUCAAAUUGGUGAUUUAUCUGUGGUGGAGAAUUGUGACGGGGCAACCCCAGAUCUUUUGGCCAAUGGAGUUCCUAUUCAAAGCAAUGACUUUGCUGGGCACUGCCAAACUGGAAAGGAAGAGACUGAACUAUCUUCCUCGCUAAAUGGUGAUUCUGAAGAGGAUAACUGUGUUGGCAAUGGAGAUGGGAACGUGCAGGUAACGCCCAGCUUAGAACGCAAUGCAAGAAGAAAAUAUCGAUCAAGAAAUGGGGAGGAAGAAUGCCCUCUGGAGGUUGGGAUUCAUAACGAUGCAGAUGUCGAGGACAAGGACAUUGAAAAUGCUUCUGAAGGUGGUGAAGAUGUCUCAGGUGGGGAGUUUGCUGAUCACCAGUGCCCUCAGGAAGAGCAUGAGGGGCAGGGAGAUAUGGAACACGAUGAUAUUGAUGAUAAAGCUGAAGUUGAGAGAAUGUGUAACGCACAAUCUGAUUCAGAUGGCUCAUUGAUAGACAGGUCCUUUUUGUCUGCGAAAACUCUUACAAAGUAUGUGUCGCCAGUUUUAGUAGAAGAAAGAAGAGAAUCCAGGGUUAUCUAUGGAAAUGAUGAUUUCUAUGUGCUUUUCAGGCUUCACCAUAUUUUGUAUGAAAGGAUCUUAUCAGCAAAAACAAAUUCAAUGAAUGAUGAAAUGAAGCGUAGAAUUGCAAAGGAUGCUAAUUCUCCAGAUCCAUAUUCAAGAUUUAUGGAUGCACUUUACAAUUUACUUGAUGGAUCUGUUGACCAUGCAAAGUUUGAAGAUGAAUGCCAAGAAAUUAUUGGAAACCAGUCAUACAUGUUAUUCACAUUGGACAAGUUGAUCCAUAAGUUGGUUAAACAGCUUCAAGUGGUUGCAAAUGUUGAAAUAAAUAAUAUACUUCUUCAAUUGUUAGAGUACCAAAAUUCUCAGAAACCCGAGAGGCAAACUCAUUCAGCGUAUCUUGCGAAUGCACGGGUGAUCCUCCCGGAGGAGAAUAUAUAUCGCCUGGAAUGUUCAUCGGGCCCCUCCAAACUGUUCAUCUGGCUAAUGGACAGCACCAAUGAAAUGCCAACAGGGUUUACCCUUGAUCCAAAUUUUGCUGAUUAUCGUUACAACGAUUUUCUAUCAGUCUUUCCCGUCAAAGAGGAACCCCAUGGUUUUGUGCUACGAAGGAACAUGCGCAAACAUGGUGCUUCAGACGAGUUUCCAGAUAUGGAGGGUGUUAUAAUGAUCAACAAUUUGGAGCAUGUUAUAGCUUGCAACUCAAUCAAGCAUAGACUACCACUCCAGGAGAAGUUUGACCAUAACACCCCCCAAACGACGGAGGAGGUCUAUGCCUGA